AUGUCCGACGACGCGCCGCCACCGAGCGGCCUACGGAGCCGCGUUUCGUUCUUCGAACGGGUCUGGAGGGGUAGAGGCAGCGGCGACAAUGUCGACGCCGCGGCCGACGUGGAAGAGAUCGAGCGCAGAAUAGAGGAGCGCAGAAGGACCGGCUCGCCGAGGGUCGACGCUCGGGACCAAUCGCCAGGCGGGAGCCAGGAGUUCCAGAGCGUGAAGCUGAGGCACGUGGGGGCAGAGCGCGAGAGGCAGGUCGAAGAGGGCGACCUAGCCGCCGGCGUGCGCUGCGUACGCUUCGAAAGGGUCACGCUCAAGCGGACGGUGGAGACCCGCGACGAGCGCCCCGACUCGCCCCAGCACGAGUGGUACACGGAGUACAAACAGCACGCCCUGCAGACCGCCCCGAAGAAGGACUACUUGCGCAGCAAGUCGGAGUACGACACGCACAUCGCCGAAAUAAGAGGUACGUCCGAUUUCCCGAAUGGAUCGCGACGACGCAGUUCGGCGAAUGUUCUCGUAUUGACCGAAUUGGUAGGCGAAAACGCUAAUGUGUUUAAUAAGAACAGUCGACAUGGU